AUGUCGCUUGUAUAUGGUGGGUCUGUAAAAGCCCCUAAGAUUCUUGCAGAUACCGUGGAGUCUGUGGCAGCUGCUAUUUAUGUUGACUUGAAUUUUUAUCUGGAGAAACUGGUGGAUGAUGUGUAUCUUUAUUUGCUUCUCUUUGUUUUAAACGAAAGUGAAAAGCUUGAUUUUGCUAAGUUUAAGCAUGUUGAUAUCAAACAUUGGCGAGAUGAGAGGAAGAGUAUUGCUAAUGUGUAUGUUGAUGGAGAAUUUGUUGCUUCGGGUUCUUCUGAACAUAAGGAAUUUGCCAAGCUUGAUGCUGCUAAGGUAGCUGUGGAUAAGUUAUCGCCAUCUAUGGGUGUAAAUGAUGAGUCGUUUGAAGGUGUUGUCUUAAUGGAUGGGUCAUUUCAUAUUGAAGAAGCAAAACAGAAGUUGCAUGAGAUUUGUGACCAGAAGAAGUGGCCUAGACCAAUUUACCACAUUGAGAAAGAUGAAGGUCCUUCACAUGAGAAGAGAUUUGUGUCCUUAGUUAAAAUUGCAACUAUAGAUGGGGUGCUAUACAUGAAGGGAGAUGAAAAGUCGAGAGAAAGAGAUGCGGAAAAUUCUGCACUUGAUGAUCCGGGCUUUAAAAGAAUAUCGUUAUAUAUGACGCAAAGCUCUACUUUCUGCAUUUGA